CCUCUCACUCUUUUAUUUCUCUCCGUCAGUUGAGAAAUUUCAUUUGCAGAGGAGAAGUUUUCUACAAUGCCAUCUCUCAGGAAGUGGUUUGCAGGCGGAGUAUGCACAUCAACAGCUCGGCUGGAUGGAAAGGUGGCCGUGAUAACAGGGGCUAACACUGGUAUAGGGAAGGAAACUGCCAAGGAACUCGCACGAAGAGGUGGUCGUGUCAUCCUUGCUUGCAGAGAUACAGCAAAAGGGGAAGCAGCAGCCCAUGAAAUUAUAACCGAAACAGGGAAUCAGCAAGUUAUUGUGAAAAAACUGGACCUGGCUGAUAGCAAAUCUAUACGGGCAUUUGCAGAAGAUUUCCUAAGAGAGGAGAAGAAACUCCAUAUCCUCAUUAACAAUGCAGGAGUGAUGAUGGUCCCCUAUUCCAAGACUGCUGAUGGUUUUGAGAUGCAUAUUGGAGUCAAUCACCUUGGGCAUUUUCUCUUAACAUUCCUGCUGCUGGACCGUUUGAAAGAGUCAGCCCCAGCUCGGAUAGUGAAUGUAGCUUCGCACCUCCAUGCUUUUUGGAGGAUAAACUUCAAGAACCUGCAUGGACAGAAAUACUACAAUGGGUUCCUGGCAUACUGUCAAAGCAAACUGGCUAAUGUUCUGUUUACCAAGGAGCUGGCUCGUAAAUUGCAAGGCACUGGAGUUACUGUCAAUGCCUUACAUCCUGGUGUGGUUAAUUCUGAAUUGGGACGUUAUUCAUAUAUGUCAGGCAUUUUAAAAGUGAUGUUUGGCUUCACGUUUAAGACACCACAAGAAGGAGCCCAGACCAGUGUGCACUGUGCAGUGGCAAAGGAACUGGAGUCAGUGAGUGGGGAGUAUUUCAGUGACUGUAAACCAGCCUGGGUUGUUCCUCAGGCUUGUAACAAAGAGACUGCAAAAAGGCUCUGGCAGGUCAGCUGUGAGCUGAUGGGUAUCCAGUGGGAGUGAACUGGGGUGGGUCUGUGGCUGACAUUUGUAGACAGAAUGUGAAGGCAACCAGA